UUAAGUUAAAUUUGCUAUAUUCCCCAUCUAAGCAGUAGUUGGAGUACAACUAUCUACGACAUCAUCUACAAACACCAAAUAAAACUUCGGUGCCUUUCUCUCUUUCUAUCGAUUCUCCAAACAAACCCUACCGUUUGGGUCUUCCAAAAUAUAAUCAUCGUUAUGGGUUCCGAAGGAUCCAGCGUCGUCGUUCCUAGGAAUUUCAGAUUAUUGGAAGAGCUUGAGAGAGGUGAGAAGGGUAUUGGGGAUGGAACUGUUAGCUAUGGAAUGGAUGAUGCUGACGAUAUAUACAUGCAGUCUUGGACUGGGACUAUCAUCGGUCCCCCUGGUACUGUUCAUGAAGGACGUAUCUACCAGUUGAAAUUGUUUUGUGGCAAGGAUUAUCCAGAGAAUCCCCCAUCUGUUAGAUUUCAAACAAGGAUUAACAUGACAUGUGUCAAUCAAGAAACUGGAGUGGUUGAGCCACAUUUGUUUCCUAUGCUUGCUAAUUGGAAACGUGAGCGCACAAUGGAAGACAUUUUGAUUCAAUUGAAGAAAGAAAUGAUGUCUCCACAAAAUCGGAAGCUAACUCAACCUCCUGAAGGCAAUGAAGAAGCCAGGAUUGAUCAGAAGGGGCUGGUGGUGAGAUGUUGUAUUGUGUGAUUGCGUGGAGAAUCAAAGAAUAAUAAUAAUAAUAAUGUAAAUAACUAUAUUCAAUAGUUCACGGGCGUAUGUGUAAUGCAUUUAUAAUGUAAUUAUGGACCAUUACCGUCCAAGAUAUGUAGUGACUAUCAUGUUUUGUGAAUUUUUAUUAUACUGAGGCUGUUUUAACAGCGGACUCUAAUUUCGCAACAUCGGAUUCUAAUCUUUGCUUUUGUGUGAAUCCAUGUCUGUCCAAAAAUUGUGGGAUAACAUUUGACAUGUCAUCAAAUUGUUCUUCUUUGAUACUUAAUUUCAAUGUUGUGCCGAAUUCUUGUUAAA